AUGGCCAAGCUUCAAGUCGGCGUUGUGGCGAGUAUCAUGGUCUUGUGCCUUCUGCGCAAGACCUCUGCUUUCACAUAUACCUUCCCGGACUGCACUGUGGCCCCACUCAAGGGAAACGCAGUAUGCGACACCUCCAAGGACGCAACCACUCGCGCUCGUGCAAUCAUUGAGCAGUUUACAGUGGACGAACUGAUGGCGAAUACCGUAAACUUGUCACCAGGUGUGCCUCGCCUUGGACUUCCGUCAUAUCAAUGGUGGUCAGAAGCAUUGCACGGAGUUGCUGGAAGUCCUGGAGUAUUUUUUGCACCCUCAGGAAAUUUCAGCUUCGCCACGUCGUUCCCUCAACCAAUCGUCAUGUCUGCUGCCUUCAACGACGAGCUGAUCAAGGAAGUCGCCACUGUCAUCAGUACUGAGGCACGAGCGUUCAACAACGGUGGUCGGGCAGGCAUAGAUUACUUCACUCCAAACAUCAACCCUUUCAAGGACCCUCGGUGGGGAAGAGGACAAGAAACGCCUGGCGAAGAUCCCUUCCGCAUUCAACAAUACGUCUUCAACCUUGUACAAGGGCUCCAGGGCGGACUUGACCCAAAGCCAUACUACAAAAUCAUUGCCGACUGCAAACAUUUUGCCGCAUACGACCUCGAGAACUGGAAUGGAAACAACCGCAUGUCGUUCGACGCCGUGGUCACGCCUCAGGAUCUCAGUGAAUACUACUUGCCACCCUUCCAGUCCUGCGUGCGCGACGCCAAAGUAGCAUCAGUCAUGUGCAGCUAUAAUUCGGUGAACGGCGUACCUUCAUGUGCCAAUUCGUACUUAUUGCAAUCCAUCCUACGCGAUCACUGGGGGUUCAACGACGACGGCCGAUGGGUGACAUCUGAUUGCGAUGCUGUGGACAACAUCUUCAGUACUCACAAGUUCACCGCCGAUUACCCACACGCUGUAGCCGAUGCUUUGAAGGCUGGUACCGAUGUUGAUUGCGGCACCGCCUAUUCUUUGCAUCUGCCAGACGCCUUCAACCAAUCCUUGAUCACCAGGGACGACUUGGAGAAGGCGCUUGUUCGCCAAUAUUCGUCCCUUGUCCGCUUGGGCUAUUUCGACUCUCCACAGGUUCAGCCAUACAGACAACUAUCAUGGGCCGAUGUGAACACACCCAACGCCCAAGCCCUCGCUCUUCAAGCAGCUGUAGAAGGGAUCGUUUUGCUCAAAAACGACGGCACGUUGCCAUUCAAAAAUUCGAUAAAGAAGAUUGCCUUCAUCGGACCUUAUGCCAAUGCAACAACCUCAUUGCAGGGCAAUUAUCAGGGAACCGCGCCAUUCCUUGUCAGUCCCGUCCAGGGUGCUAUUAACGAGGGCUUCAGCGCCACUUAUACGCCAGGAACGACCAUUUCGGGUAACUCGACAACUGGAUUUGCGGCCGCCAUAGCAGCCGCAAACGCCGCCGACGCAGUGGUAUUUGCAGGUGGAAUUGACGAAUCCGUAGAACGAGAAGGAUUGGACCGCAUGAGCAUCACCUGGCCCGGCAAUCAACUUGACCUCGUCAGUCAACUAGCUGCUCUCGGGAAACCACUAGUCGUUAUGCAGUUCGGAGGCGGUCAAGUCGACGGUUCUGCUCUGAAGAGUAACCCCAAAGUUAACUCUAUUUUGUGGGCCGGUUACCCAGGUCAAAGUGGCGGAACAGCAUUGGGACAAAUCAUAAGUGGAAAAGCAGCACCUGCUGGCCGUCUGGUUACAACCCAGUAUCCCGCCGAAUUCGUCAACCAGGUUGGAAUGACCGACAUGAACAUCCGUCCAAGCACCUCCAAUCCUGGUCGCACAUACAAAUGGUACACGGGAACUCCAGUCUUCCAAUUCGGCCACGGCCUCCACUUCACGUCGUUCGAUUUGUCGUGGCAACAUCAACCCAAGGCCAAAUACCAAAUUCCUAGAGGCCUCGGCAAUGCGCCAGGUAGCACAACCGAUCUCAAGGAAUUUGACACCUUCACCGUCAACGUCAAGAACACAGGAAAGACAACUUCGGACUACGUCGCUCUUCUAUUCCUCAGCGGAACCGGAGGGCCCGCGCCGCUCCCCAACAAACAGCUGGUUUCCUACACGCGCCUGAGCCAAAUCAAAGCAGGCGGGCAGAGCACUGCUAGUCUGAAGGUGACGCUCGGCUCAGUUGCUCGUGCGGAUGCCAAAGGAAACCUAUGGCUCUACCCUGGCUCUUAUCAGCUGACAGUCGACACUGGGGUUGAAAGAUCUCUGGUCCAUGAGUUCGAGUUGGUAGGAGAUGCAGUCCAAAUUUCAAGCUUCCCCCAAAAUUCCUCGUAG